AUGGACACAGAGGGUCUCUAUUCGAAGCCAGAACUGGAGCGCUUCCUGAGGGAAGCGGAGCUGAUGCAAGCCUUCGACCAUCCAAACGUCCUCAGACUUAUCGGGCUAUCGAUCGAGGACUGCCUCGAGGAGCAGGUACCGGUUCCGAUGGUGAUCCUCCCGUUCAUGCCCCACGGAGACAUCCGCAGCUUCCUCCAGAGGCACAGGAGAAACGCUGAGCAUUUGCCAGUGCAGAUUUUGCUGAAGUUCAUGGUGGACAUCGCCGCUGGGAUGGAGUAUCUGAGUGAUCGAGGCUUCCUGCACAGGGACCUGGCCGCUCGGAACUGCAUGCUGUGUGGUAGCAUGCGGGUCUGUGUGGCGGACUUCGGCCUGUCCAAGAAGAUCUACGCCAGCGACUACUACCGCCAGACGGUGGUCUCGAAGAUGCCAGUGAAGUGGAUGGCGAUGGAGAGCAUGGCGGAGAUGAUUUUCACCACGAAGAGCGAUGUGUGGGCCUUUGGAGUGACGAUGUGGGAGAUUGCUACCCAGGGGAAGACACCGUACCCUGGCAUACAGAACCACGAGAUUUACGACCUCCUACACGCAGGGCAUCGGCUGAGACAACCACCUGAUUGUCUCGACAGACUGUACCACCUCAUGUUCAGCUGCUGGUUCCCGAGGCCAGAGCAGCGGCCGACCUUCAGCGAGCUCCGGCUGAGGCUCCAGGAGCUCCUCUCCGCCCUGCCCUCCCUGGACGACCAGGACGUGGCCCACUACAUAAAUAUCGGGGCCCAAGGGGCGACGGACGAGCGCGCUGACCGGGCGGGUGGGGUGGAGAACAUCUAUGCAGUGGAGACAGACGAGGAGGAGGAGGAGGAGGAGAGGAGCCUCUGCAGAGGAAGGUUUUGAGCAUCGUGGGCACGAGUCGGACUGGUGUGGAUUGAAACUUUGGAGCGUGCCGCGGGGUGUAAUUUUUCCUGGCGUCAUCGUUCCUCGAAACCUUUCCUGCUUUCGACAGGGAAACACGGCAAUGAUGGAGCGCGAAGAGGUAGCUGCGGAAAGGACGAAACGCCUUCUGCCACUUCCCUGCGUGCUCUCUGAAAACGAGGACAAAGUUGGAAGAGGAGACUCGAUGAGACUGCCUCCUCUCAACUUUCAGCAAGCAUCUGCGGAAAGAGCAACUUAACAUUCCAAUCGAAGUGCCUUUUUGCUUUUAAUACAGGUUUCUAGACGCUGCGAUUUUUAAAAAAUUCUUCCUCGCUUUCAGAACCCAAGUUGCUCAGGGGCUGACGAAAAGGAAACACAGAAACAAGUUCCUUGAGGUGCUGAAGUUGUCAAGAAACAGGUCUGGUGGUGGCUUCAACUGCGUUGGUGACGGAUGGCAUUGUAAUAGCUCCUGAGUGCCACCAGAUGGUGCUGACGCAGUAGGGAUGCGCCAGACCUGGUCACUGAUUCUUCCUGGCGCAAAGAGAAUGGGAAUCGGGUUGACUAUCAUCGAAAAAAUGUCAUGAGAUGUGUUAUUUUGCAGCGGCGGUGCAGUGCAAUAAAGAAAUGAUUUGAAACUGA